UCUUCAAUCUCAUGCAAGGGGCAAAAUUAUUCAUUGCUAUAUGGGGCAUGACCCUCAUCAUCUCUAUGAGUUCACUUCCGUUUCCUUUCCUAGGUAAUACAUGUCUUCCUUUGUGGCUGAGUCUUCGGACUUCGGUACUAAAAGUUGCUCUGCCAGUCCUUCUCAGAGUGGGCUCGACUCCAGGGAAGAUCCUCCGGUAUCACUAUUACGCUGCUCAUGGAGUGGCCUUCAACAUGAUAGAAAAUAGCUUCAAUGAUGCAAUGAUCUUUAGCAUAGGGACCUUAUGAUCAUUAGUUUUUUUACCUAGUCUAUUGUAGGCUGGGCAGGCUUGGAUU